GCCCACGGUGUAUUUACUCUGAGCACGUGACCCCUGUGUCCAGUUAAGGAGCGCCGUUUAUAGGCGGGGUCAGGCGUCACCAUGCCAACUGUUCCACGCUCAGCUACUUUGUGUACCUAUAGCAACGGUGCCGUAGGAUGCACCCUGAGGAAAUAGUUGUGCAGUAACCAAACCACCGGAGACACCGAGCACCGGGACAGCGCCGCCGGGAAGUGAUGUUAUGGAAAUAAAGCCAUUGUUCAAGUUAUUGUAGGUGAAAAGAAAUGCCAACGAAAAGUGCCAAAUCCAAGGGCUCAGCAAAGUCUCACAGCAAAGGAAAGAAGUCAAAGAAAUCAAAGAAAAGUAAAGAACCUAAACCUGAGGUGGACAUCCUCAGUCCAGCUGCCAUGCUCAACGCUUACUACAUCUCCCAUAAUGCUGUGGACUGCUUGGAAUUUCGAGGAUUUAGCUGGUCAGGAGCUCCAAAAAAGAAAGGGAAGAAGGGAAAGAAAAAGAAAUAGUUACCACCAAUGACAAUAACAUACUAUAAGCUUUUGGUGCCAAAUACUAAAACUCUGUGUUUUUUUUUUUAAUUUAGCUGUUAAUAUUAAUGUCUUAUGCCCAGUUUACAUUGUUAUGUAGUACAGACACAUUUCACACAUAUUACCUACCUAAAAAGUUUGAUAUCCUUGCAUAUUUCUUUGCCUUUAGCUGGAUUUUUGUUUGUAUAUUUUUUGUUUUAACCAGAUCUAAUUGGAAACAUAAAAAAUGUGAGGAAUUGCCAAAAAAUGUUUAUAGCUGUAAAAGUGUGAAUUAAAAUCACUCUAAUGAUAUAUAGAAAGCUAUUAAAGGCUAUCUACCAUA